CUUUGGUUUUCAGCUAGCUGUUUCCAGUCCUAAGCUAAGCUAACCUGCAGCUAGCCAUUGCCUUAUAUUUAAAUGGACAGGAAUGAAAGUAUUGAUCCCAUAAGUAGGCUAUUUCUGACAUUUUCAACGCUUCACCUUUACUUGUAAUGGCUAUUCAUUUAUAUUGCAGCACCCUUCCCUUUACCCCUCCACUGCAAGGGGUUUAAUUUGAAAACAACAACCGGAAGUGUGAUGUUUGUUUCCCCCCUCGUAUUGACAGUGGUGCUUGGAGCCGAGAGGGUCAAGGGGAGGAGAGGAAAGGGAGUGGAGCGAGAAGACGACUGGAGGAGAGCCACCACAGGGUGACCAAUUUAACCGGACCAUCCUUGGACAGCUGUGCUACAAAUGGUGCUCCAGCCUGGCCGCUCCGACCGACAACCGCACCGAAUCGUAUUGUCUGCUGCUGUCCUGUCGGGGGACAGAAACAGAAGAUGAUCACGACGCAGCAGAAGUCUGGCAGCAGAGACUGGUCUUCUCAUUAACCUUGGUCUCUGAUCACUGUCUGAAACAUCUGGAGCUUUGUCGAGCAGCUUGUGCGCCUUUUGACCCCAUCCAGUCCUGCGGCCCUGCUGUGUGGCCCCUACAAACCCCUCCUCACUUCUUCAAAAUUUUGUCCACAGGGAUAAAUGAGUGAACCGGCUGCUAGGGAAAGGGCUGGGACAUGUACCAGAACCCCAACAGAAUGUCCUGGUUCAGUGGUUUCCUAGUCGCCAGAGUGGACGACCGCAAGACUGCGUGGGGUGAGCGCAAUGGCAAGAAGUCCAAACGGAAGGGAGGCUCAUCUCUCUGCAACCCGCGUUACAUGAGCUGUCUGCGGGACCCAGAUGCUAUGGAGCCUCCUUCUGGAGCCCCCCUCCAUCAGCACCACCGCGGAGGGGUGACAGGGGCCAUGGGAGGCGGGGGCAACUUCGGUGUCCGUUGCGGAUGGCAGGAGGACCACUACGGCAAAAGGGGAGGGGCUCCCGGGGAAGGGGUGGGACUGAAAUCGGUCGACUUGGGCUUUGAGGACGGGGAGUUGAAAGGGAGGAAAGGCGGAUGUAACGGAGGAAGCGGGGACAUGGGGGAUGAUGGUCCCAACGGCGCAGCAGGGGUGGUGACGGCUGCGGACUGCUGGCUCAGGGUGGUGCGGGUGUUCCAGUCAAAAAAAUUCCAGUCCCGCAAACUGGAGCGCCUAUACCAGCGUUACUUCUUUAGGCUGAACCAGAGCUCCUUGACCAUGCUCAUGGGGGUCCUUGUGAUCGUGUGCGGCAUCAUGCUGACCUUCCACUGUGUCCACGCCGCCCCUCAUGUGGCCUAUUCGUCAGUCCUGUCGGUGGCAAUGGCGCUCUUCAUGGCUCUUAUGGUAGUGUGCAACCGCAACGGCUUCCACCAGGACUACAUGUGGAUGGUCAGUUACCUGGUGAUCGGAGUCUUGGUGUCAGUACAGGUGUUUGGGGUGCUCAUGGUGGCACCCAGGAGCGCUUCAGAAGGCAUCUGGUGGUCUGUGUUCUUCAUCUACAUCAUCUACACUCUGCUGCCUGUGAGAAUGAGAGCGGCGGUGCUGAGCGGGGCAGUGUUGUCCAUCAUACACGUAGUCACCACCUGGCAGAUCAACCAGGAAGACAAGUUCCUCUGGAAACAGGUGAGCGCUAAUGUCCUGAUCUUCCUGUGCACUAACAUCAUUGGAAUCUGUACCCACUACCCUGCUGAGGUUUCCCAGAGACAAGCCUUCCAGGAAACCAGAGGAUACAUCCAGGCCAGACUACAUCUGCAGAGGGAGAAUCAACAACAGGAGCGUCUGUUGCUUUCAGUGUUGCCAAGGCAUGUUGCCAUGGAGAUGAAGGCUGACAUCAAUGCUAAGAAGGAAGACAUGAUGUUUCACAAGAUCUAUAUCCAGAAACACGACAACGUCAGUAUUCUGUUUGCGGACAUCGAGGGUUUUACCAGCCUGGCCUCUCAGUGCACGGCUCAGGAGCUGGUCAUGACACUCAAUGAGCUCUUUGCCCGUUUCGACAAGUUGGCAUCGGAGAACCACUGUCUACGUAUUAAAAUUUUGGGUGACUGUUAUUAUUGUGUGUCCGGGCUGCCUGAACCCCGGGCUGACCACGCCCACUGCUGUGUGGAAAUGGGUGUUGACAUGAUAGAGGCCAUCUCGCUGGUACGGGAGGUGACGGGGGUCAAUGUUAACAUGCGCGUUGGCAUUCACAGUGGGCGUGUGCACUGUGGCGUGCUGGGACUUAGGAAGUGGCAGUUUGAUGUGUGGUCAAAUGAUGUCACGCUGGCAAAUCACAUGGAGGCGGGAGGCAAAGCAGGGCGGAUCCACAUCACUAAAGCCACCUUGCAGUAUCUUAAUGGAGACUACGAGGUAGAGCCAGGAUUUGGAGGUGAAAGGAAUGCGUAUCUGAAGGAGAACAGCAUCGAGACUUUCCUGGUCCUUGGCUGCAGCCAGAAACGGAAGGAGGAGAAGGCGAUGAUGGCUAAGAUGCAGCGGACGAGAGCCAACUCUAAUGAGGGGCUGAUGCCACGCUGGGUCCCCGACAGAACCUUCUCCAGGACCAAAGACUCCAAAGUCUUCAGACAAAUGGGGAUUGAUGAAACCUCCAGUAAAGACAACCGCUGUGUUCAGGAGGCCAUGAACCCCGAGGAUGAGGUGGAUGAAUUCCUGGGGCGAGCCAUUGACGCUCGCAGCAUUGACCAACUCAGGAAGGACCACGUUAAAAAGUUCCUGCUCACCUUCCAGACUUCUAGCCUGGAGAAAAAGUAUUCCAAGAAGGUGGACGAUCGUUUUGGAGGCUAUGUUGCCUGUACUCUGCUGGUAUUCUGCUUCAUAUCCUUCAUACAGAUUGUCAUCUUUCCACACACCCCGGUCAUGCUGGGAAUCUACAUCAGUAUCUUCGUCAUACUUGCCAACAUCCUUUUCAUCUGUGCCAUAUAUUCAUGCAUCAAGCUGUUUCCUGCUGCAAUGCAGACUGUUUCAAAGAAGAUUGUCCAGUCACGCACUAACAGCACUCUGGUUGGAGUGUUUACCAUUAUCCUCGUCUUCAUCUCUGCCUUUGUCAAUAUGUUUGCCUGUGACACCAAGAGUUUGGUAGAAUGCGUUGCUGAGAAGCUGAACACCUCCGCAGCCCUGGUGACGCCCUGUCUGAUACGCAGCUUGAAUGUGUCUGUUGAGGGGGGUCUAGAGAUCUGUCCAAGCCAAGGCCCCUCCUGCCCAUUUCCUGAGUAUUUCAGCUACAGUGUGCUGCUGACCCUGCUGGCCUGCUCAGUGUUCCUGCAGAUCAGCAGCAUAGGGAAGCUGGCCCUCAUGCUGCUCAUCCAGCUCACUUUCCUGCUGCUGGUGGAGUGGCCACAAGUAGUACUAUUCGACAACGCAGACCUCUUUGUCACCUCCAAUGCCAUUGAUUUAAAUGAAACUAGUGCUCAAUGGUCCAGUUUCAAUGAAACUACAAACCAGUGUCCAUUUGUUGUGACCAAAGUGUCCCUGAAGGUCAUGACUCCAGUGAUCCUCACAGUCUUUGUCCUGGCACUGUACCUGCACGCCCAGCAGGUUGAAUCUACUGCACGCCUCGACUUCCUGUGGAAAUUACAGGCCACAGAGGAGAAGGAGGAGAUGGAGGAAUUGCAAGCCUACAAUCGUCGCCUCCUCCAUAAUAUUCUGCCUAAGGACGUAGCUGCUCACUUCUUGGCGCGUGAGCGGCGUAACGAUGAGCUGUACUACCAGUCCUGCGAGUGUGUGGCUGUCAUGUUUGCCUCAAUCAGCAAUUUCUCUGAAUUCUAUGUGGAGCUAGAGGCCAACAACGAGGGAGUGGAGUGUCUCCGGCUGCUCAACGAGAUCAUUGCAGACUUUGAUGAGAUCAUCAGUGAAGAGAAGUUCAGGCAGCUAGAGAAGAUCAAGACCAUUGGAUCCACUUACAUGGCGGCCUCCGGUCUCAACGACUCCACCUACGACAAGGAGGGCCGUUCCCAUAUUACUGCACUGGCCGACUAUGCCAUGAGACUGAGGGAGCAGAUGAAAUACAUCAAUGAGCAUUCCUUCAACAACUUCCAGAUGAAGAUAGGUCUGAACAUUGGACCAGUGGUAGCGGGGGUCAUUGGUGCGCGAAAGCCUCAAUAUGAUAUUUGGGGAAACACAGUCAAUGUGGCAAGUCGUAUGGACAGCACAGGUGUACCUGACCGCAUACAGGUGACUACAGACCUCCACCCGGUGCUUGCAAGCAAAGGGUACGUGCUGGAGUGUCGUGGGGUGGUUAAGGUCAAAGGUAAAGGCGAAAUGACAACCUACUUCCUGAAUGAUGGACCGCCCAACAGUUAGCAGCCAUGGCAGCAGCAGAUGCUGGGAUGAUCCCCACUGCAAGGACACAGCACCACUGAGCAAGGACUCACUUGAAUCCCAAGCAGAGAGGAAAAAAAACUUUUAAGACUUCAAAAGGAAAGUGUUCUUGAUGAGAGGAUAAUGUUGUCGUUUGACAGCCAUUUUGGCCCACAUACAUGUUGAAGGACAAGUGUUUUUCUCAUGUCUAGCCUCUCUCUCAGGCUUCUUGAAAGAUGCAAAGUCUGUUUAUUUAAAACAACGCCUUUUAGCCUGUGUCAAAAGAAGAUUAACGCUGUACAUAAGGCUACUUUUUAUUUUACUUUGUGUUUUGUUUUGUUUUUUUCUUUCCGGUAAUUUUUAUUUCACAUGAAUUAUGAACAGGUACUCAUGUUUUGUUUCUGGAUUAAUUAUUUAUUUUUUAUCUAAAUUUUUUGUGCAAAAGGUCCUUUAUGAAAAUGUGUGAAUACAUACGUGCACAAAUAUCCAGUUUAUUACACGUUCAUAAGUGUGUAUGUACAUGCAUAUUUGUGUGUGUAUGAAUAUAUGUAUAAAAUGAGGAGGAAUAUAUUGACCAAAGACUAAAGUAUUUACUAAAAGCAAGGCAAGACAUGUUUGAUAUCACCACUUGUGUUUUUAGGCAGAAGGCCUGAACGUUCUGUCUUUUUGCCCAACUGCUGGCAGCAAAGGCUGCUCAUUGCUUUCAUAAAAUAUGUACAAUUAAUUUAUUUUGUCUGUCAGUCAGGCAGCAAAGAGCUGAUCACUUUAACUCUAAAUUAUGAUAUUGCCCUCAAUCUCUAAACAAAAUUACUAAAGACGACUAAGGAUGUUAUAAGAAGAUGAUAUAUGAAAUCUAUAUUUUAUAUCUCCACUCUCUGAGGAAUAGAAGUAGCUUCAGCGGGGAUCAUCCUCACUUCAUGUCACAUUGGUUCCUUAGAGCUUGAGCUGGUUUCGGCCGUAACAGUAUAUUGUCAUCGGCUGCUCCUUCCCUUUCAGAGAAGUAUUUUUGGUGCAAAUGGAAAUAAACGAAACUUGGAUCAGCUAGUUGUUCCAGAGCCAUCAGGGAGGAAAACCUUGGAUUUCAGCGCAGUGGUACCACACAGCCUGAUUCUUCUGUGAAGAAGAAAUAGAUGAAGGAAAGAAAUACAUAUUGAUUUUGACUGAAUACUGUGCUUUGUAAUCCUGAAGGGGCAUAACUAUUUUCACUGUGAGGUUUUUAUGAUACAACAAAACUGCUUUCUUGCCAAACAUAACCGCUUUGAAGCAUGUCUGAUUGUGGUAUGUUGUUUUCAUUUUUGUUUGUUUUACCGUAGGGUAUUUUGUAUCACUUCUGUAUCCAUCAUUUAUAUAUUCUUAAUGUUGUUUAAUUAUUAUUAUUAUGAUGAUUCUGAUUAAUUAUUAUGCUUAUUAUGAUGAUUCCAUUCCAAUGAAAAAGGAUCAAAGACCAGCACGCUUUCUUGUAAAAUGCCAGUUGUAAAGCUCAAGCUCACUGGUACCAACUGAUCAACUGCAGCCAAUGAAUUCUGCUGUUCAAUCCUAAUGUACAAUACAGUAUUUCAACUGGCAAUAGGUGUGAUCAUGUAUAGCAAGUAAUAACCGUUAGCUGCCUUUGCAGCAGAACCUGAGUGGUGUAUGCUCACAUAAGCAUAGGAGUAAACACACACACAUAUACAGAUGAUUCACUGUGCUUUUUAUUUUAUUUAUGCCACUACUGCAGUAUUGUAAAUCUCAGUCAGGCUUUAUGGUGACCACUCCCUUCCACACAUUAACUUCUCAGUACUAACAAAUUACAUCCCUGGUAUUUACACUAUGUAAGGAGUACAAGGCAGAAUUAGUAGACCUACAAAUAACCCCCCCCCCCCCCCCCGCCCUGCUCAGUCUUUCAAUGAAAAGUGGAAGUAUUAAUAACUGAGUUUGAUUGCCUUAAGUUAAUACAAAACAAAUUAUUGACGAACACAGGAACCGUGCCUGCUUGCCCUAUCUGGACUGCUGAUGUUUGGACCGAGAGAAAGGGAUAAGGGCUUGUCGUGAAUAAUUUUCAGUAAACGUUCUCACCGUUGCAAUGAUUUCUCCGGCUUCGACUUUUGUAAUUGGGAGAAUCUGCUCUGAUUUAGCUCUUCCGCCACACUCAACAAUGGCAACCAACAGUUGAUCAUGUUUGUACCAAAGCCAGCUCACACAGCCUUGUGCUAUUUGGUCCCUCCUGUGCAAUGAUAAAUGGCCUCGGGGCGUGGUGGGAGCACCAGAGGACAGCAAUGUAAUGGAGAUCACCAACUAUCAAGUGAACUGUGACCAAUGAAGAGUGAUUCAUAUAAGCAAAGAGUUUAUAGAAUGGACAUGAGUUUAUAAAAAUGUGCAUUGUAUGUAUUCUAUUUCUAUUGGCUGUCCAUAGACUUGUGUUGAUUGUUAACUCUUGGGAUGUUUUGGGGGGAACACGAGACGGGAGGAAGGUUGUCCCCAUACUACUGAAACAGUGUUUUUCUCAGGCCUGAUGAAUCCUUCCGUAUUUGUUUUUGCUUUAUUUGUAUUUUCCCUGAGUUGGAGGAUUGAAAGGGGAAUGUUCUGUGAAGCUGAAGGACAAGAAGAGUUGAGGACUAUGACAAAGAGAAAAAUAACAUUUCCCCUUGAAGAAAAAAAUAAAAAAAAAUCAAUGGCU